AUGUCUCCUGCACCUGUGGCUGCUGAGAUGCAGCCCGAUCACUCGCUACAAACAUUAGCCCGAGCUUUCGAAGCUCUUCUGCUAACCACCCAGCAAUUCAGCUGCAAGGAGAAGAGCUUGCAGCAAAGGCUGAAAUAUGCCAACAACGAGUAUAUGAAACUCGCAGAUCGACUUCCCGAUGGGCCGGAUACCCAUACCAAAAUCGUUUCGGAGAAAAUUCUCGGUCGAUACACCGAAUAUGAUCACACUCAGAAAGAACCUUCGAAUCCUCAGGCUGUAGUAAAAUCUCUCGCAGAGUCUGGAAACGUAGGAGAUCAGGCUCUGUCUGCCAUUACGGAUGGGCUGGCUUGCUACCAGACUGUCGUCCCUUCGCAAGAAAAUGGGCUGAUGCCUGACCUCAACCAAUGUAUCGUUGCUACACGAGCUGGCGCCCCCCGUCCCUUGGAAAAGGAUUUCACGACGCGCGGCAUGAAGGGCAGUUUGCGCUGCCCGUUCGCCAAGUCUCGCAAUAAGCCCUCUGAGAAUGGAGCAUCGAACGGGGUCGAGGGUCACUCGAACGUCCCCAAUGAUGCUUGCGGACACGAGGAUGCGGACCCCAUAAAAGCUGAGCAGAAAGAUAAACAAUCUGUUCACACACCCUCCGCAAGAUCCUCGACCACCCAAUGCCAAGUUUCAAAGUGCCCCAUUAGGUUCUUAGAUCAGCAUAGUCCCGAAGAGGUUGCCGAUUAUGUCGAGAGACAUAAGCACGAGAUCCCUCGGAGUCAUGCCAUCUGCGUGCAACGAUACCAGAAAGACUCGUCGAGCAUGCGGCAGUUAGACGCAAAGUAUGGUAAUCUGAUCAGUAUGAUACGGGGUCUGUCCGUUAAGCACCAGGCUUUCCUGCCAAAGAAUGGGCAGAGUAACGGGCCAACGUCCAGUUCCUCCGCCGAGCGAGUGGAAAAAUGGGCUGAGGACGUUGGCCUGAAAUCGGAAAUGCAACCAUCCAUCAAAGAGGAGGAAGAGGAGGAGGAAGAAGAGAGAAAGGGGCACUUUGAUCGCCCACUACGAGAGGUUCGAGUCGGUGAAUCCCCUAGCAGGCCUUGGGGGAUCCCUGUGCCUGUUCCCUUGCCUGCGGCGCCAGCAGGACCACAUUCGCCGGCAGCUCCAGUUCCGGCUUCUCUCAGCCAUCCGUCUCCAAAGUCCUCUGACAACACCGAUGCGGAUGUCUCUUCUAUAGCGCCGCUACAAGGCCCGUCUCACGACACGGCAGACGCCGCUCCGAAACUUGGCCGCUGCCCCUUUGGCCAUGGAGCACCCCCGGCGGAUAACUUGGCACCCGAGACUGAGACUAUUCGCAAUCCGGAUCCCAUCAACGACACCCCCGAGUAUACUACUGGACAAGACUAUGAAGCACCUCCAGAGUUCCAUGGUCCCUCCGGCAAUCCUGCGGCCAACGUUGUCUUCAACGGGCCAGUGUUUUUUGGCUUCUCGCCGGACCAGACGGCUGCGUUUCUACAACAAUUAAGCCGCCUAGGUCAUAACCCAACAUGA